AUUUCUGGAUAUUUGAACUGUUUUGCGGUGCUUUCUCUCCGCCAUAUUAAGCUUUCUUUGUCAGUCGGCAGCGUAUGCUCGUUUUAAAGGAAUAUCAGGGACCAUAGCGGAGGACUUUGGGCUGGUGAAGUAGUUAAUCGGUAUGGGACAGACGGAAGACUGAGAUUCCACGUUAGAGAGAGAGAGAGUGAGGGAGAGGGAGAGGGAGAGAGAGAGAGAGAGAGACUGCUUGUGUCGGCUGUUUCCACUUUGGAUUGUCGACGUGAAAAAAGAAGACAAAAAAAACGUGUGGUGGGGCAAAAGAAAGAUCACAGGACGCAUGUAGCCGAACUACAACACUUGCAAAGGUCGCUUUUUUAUUAAGGCUGGACAAUGGGUUGCGUCAGGAGCAAAGAGGACAAGAGCCCGGCGCUGAAGUACCGACCCGAUAACCCGAAUGCAACGCCAUUAAACUCCCACCUGGGCCACUACGGGCCUGACCCCACCCUGAUGGGUCAUUCGCCAGCAAUGAAGACACACAACAACAGCUACAACAGCCAUGCUGCCUCACUCACGCCGUUUGGUGGGGCAUCUUCAGUCAUGACGCCCUUCGGUGGGGCGUCCACGUCCUUCACUUCAGUGGCAGUGAGCAGUCCUUUCCCGGGCGUCAUCACAGGUGGUGUAACAUUUUUUGUAGCGCUGUACGACUACGAAGCGAGGACGUCAGACGAUCUGUCGUUUAAAAAAGGGGAUCGCUUCCAGAUUAUCAACAACACGGAAGGCGACUGGUGGGAGGCUCGCUCCAUUAACACCGGACAGAAAGGUUACAUCCCCAGUAACUACGUGGCCCCAGCUGACUCCAUACAGGCUGAAGAAUGGUACUUUGGUAAAAUGGGCCGCAAAGAUGCUGAGCGUCUCUUAUUGCUUCCAGGAAACCAGCGGGGCACUUUCUUGGCACGAGAAAGUGAGACGACCAAAGGGGCCUACUCUCUGUCUAUCCGGGACUGGGAUGAGGUAAAGGGAGACAACGUCAAACACUACAAAAUCCGUAAGCUGGAUAACGGUGGUUAUUACAUCACCACUCGGGCCCAGUUUGAGACACUACAGAAGCUGGUGAAACACUACACAGAACAUGCCGAUGGUCUGUGCUACAGGCUGACGACCGUGUGCCCCACGGUGAAGCCUCAGACUCAGGGACUAGCUAAGGAUGCCUGGGAAAUUCCCAGAGAGUCCCUUCGACUGGAGGUCAAACUGGGCCAGGGCUGCUUUGGUGAAGUCUGGAUGGGCACAUGGAAUGGCACUACUAAGGUGGCGAUUAAGACCCUGAAGCCAGGCACCAUGUCCCCAGAGGCUUUCCUGCAGGAGGCUCAGAUCAUGAAGAAACUCCGACAUGACAAACUGGUGCCUCUCUACGCUGUGGUGUCUGAGGAGCCCAUCUACAUCGUCACUGAGUUCAUGGGCAAAGGGAGUUUGCUGGACUUCCUUAAGGAGGGAGACGGGAAAUAUCUGAAGCUGCCUCAGCUGGUGGAUAUGGCUGCACAGAUUGCAGACGGCAUGGCCUUCAUUGAGAGGAUGAACUACAUCCAUAGGGACCUGAGAGCUGCCAACAUUCUGGUGGCUGAUAACCUGGUGUGUAAAAUAGCCGACUUCGGCCUGGCUCGGCUCAUCGAGGACAACGAGUACACUGCCAGACAAGGUGCUAAAUUCCCCAUCAAGUGGACAGCCCCUGAAGCUGCUCUUUACGGCCGCUUCACUAUCAAAUCAGAUGGCUGGUCGUUUGGUAUACUACUGACUGAACUGGUGACCAAGGGCAGAGUACCAUAUCCAGGUAUGGUGAACCGGGAGGUACUUGAGCAGGUAGAACGAGGAUACCGUAUGCCGUGCCCGCAGGGCUGCCCUGAGUCUCUCCAUGAGAUGAUGAGGCACUGCUGGAAAAAGGAGCCAGACGAGAGGCCGACGUUCGAGUACAUCCAGUCCUUUUUGGAAGACUACUUCACAGCCACAGAGCCACAGUACCAGCCGGGGGACAACCUCUAGUUUGUGGGAGUUUGGGGGAACUGUGGCAUCACACAGAGAUACAUCAGAGGAGAGCAAAACUUGGGAAAACAGAGAACUGCUGGAGAAAAAAAGAGGUUUUAGUGCUACAAAUGAGUCCACAACCACACUGGCAUAUCUGCAAGUGCAAGAAGUAAAUCUUUUCUGAAGUAGAGAUUUGUCCCUUGUGUACUUGGGGACCAAUAAUUUGGUGAAGUGUCCAAGUGUGCAGAUUGGUGCUGGUACAUUAAGCUCUGGGAACCCUGGUAAUCAGAAUAAUUCAUGUGGACAGGCCACAACACUGUGAUCAAACGGAGAGGGAUUUCCUCCUAAUUUCAAAUCAAUGGUUAUUUGCAGAUGCAGUUUUUUUUUUACUUUUAUAUUAUAUCCCUCUCCCUUCCCCUCCAGUCUUCCCGUUUUUCUUUUCUUUAACAACACAAUUCUUUGAUAUUGGAUUCAAAAUCUUUUAUAUGUACAUGAGUUUGGUUUGAAUAUGUAGGUUGAUAAGUAUCUUUUUUAAAUGACCAAUAACUGGUUGAAUUGUGGAGUAUGUGCUGUGACUGUAAAGCUUUGAUGGAGAAGAGUGAAGUGAUAUAAAUGAAAAUGGAUGUAAGAAUGUACUGAGAGAUCAAAGCAGAUGUACAGUAUGUGCGAAAAAAGUGUAUUUUUAGCAGGUGCGAUCAGGUGGACAAAUGAGACUAUGAGGAGUGAUUUGAAUGAUUCUUUUUAAAGCAGUCACCUGAAUGGCAAAUCAGGUUGAUUUCUAACUCUUUUACAUUUUUCAUUUAAAUGGGGACUUGAAAUCAAACAAAGGUAUUUUGAUAAUUCAGAAGUGCAAAAACAUCUUUCCUGUUUUAACAUUUUAUAAAUGUUUUUAAAAGGACAUUUCCAGUUAUCAGACUGUUCUCGUAUUGCACACAUUUACACAGCGCAACUUUGCAACGGAUGAGUUACCUGACAUACUGUAGAUGGUACAGUGUGCUGUUAGAUCUAUUAAUUUCACAUCAUAAUGUAAAUCAUACAUGCGGCUGUAGUGUGUUUCUCUUCUCAGUAAAAUUCCACCAACAUAUGAUAAAUAAACCUUCGAUGUCCUUCGUAUGCUGUCAUUUUACUCAAACUGUAAAUGUAACAAUGAAAAGCCUUCCUGUGAUGUUUUAUAGAUCAGAACACACAGAAUCUGAAAUCCUCCCCUUGCAGAUGUAUUAUUUCACAUCCCAGUGGUAGAGAUGAUAGAUCACUUCUGCAGCGAGGUAACUAGAACCAGACAGAACAAACACCUUGCACACACUGUGGUCAGAUCAGGGCUUUUGUACUUAAAUAGACAGAAUCUAAAAGUCCAAUAACAACUUCUUAGAGGUACUUCAGCUGUCUGUCCAGCAGUGAAUGAUGGGAGAUUUGAGAAGAUGGAAAGCCUUCUUCUUUUUGUCAUUAAGUAAGUAAACAUAUGGAUUGGACAAAGAUGUGAAAAUUGUUUUGUUUUUCUUUCUGUGCUUCACUCACGAGAACCUAAUAUGUGAUUGUUCCUAAAGAUGGGACAUGGAACUAGUGGGAGAUGAUAAUGAAAUUACUGAGAACUAAUAUGAUUUUGUACAGAAAAAAUAAAAGUUUUACUUA